CGUGGCCCCGCCCCCGCUCGCGCACAGGCGCGUCCGUGUUGGGGCUGGAGGCCCCGCCUCCGAGUGCCGUGUGCAAAAACAAACAGCCGUUAGGGGGGAGGGGCCGGGGAGGCGGGGUCUGGCUAGAAGGAGGCGCGCGAUUGGGCGGCCUCCGGGGUUCAAACGAGCAAGGCGAGCAGGCAUUGGUCGGGACGGUGCGAGGCGGGCCCCGGUUAUUGUCCCGGCUCCGGCGGCGGCGGUCGGUGCUGCGGAGCGGCGGCAGCGGCUCGGCGGGAGUGAGGGCGGGAGCGGCCGAGACCAUGGCUGGAGGCAAAGCUGGAAAGGACAGUGGGAAGGCCAAAGCUAAGGCAGUGUCUCGCUCACAGAGAGCUGGGCUACAGUUUCCUGUGGGCCGCAUCCACAGACAUUUGAAGACUCGUACCACGAGCCACGGAAGGGUCGGUGCCACUGCUGCAGUGUAUAGUGCUGCAAUUCUGGAGUAUCUCACUGCUGAGGUGCUGGAGCUGGCAGGUAAUGCUUCCAAGGAUCUUAAAGUAAAGCGGAUCACUCCGCGUCACUUGCAGCUUGCGAUCCGUGGUGAUGAAGAGUUGGAUUCUCUUAUCAAGGCUACCAUAGCUGGGGGUGGUGUGAUCCCUCACAUCCACAAGUCUCUAAUUGGAAAGAAGGGACAGCAGAAAACUGCUUAGAGAGGUGUUUUAACCAACCCUCUUCCUCCCCGUCAUUGUACUGUAACUGAGACAAGAAAUAAUGGGGAUAUGUGGAAUUUUUAAAACAGUUAAAUGGAAAAGCAUAGACAAUUACUGUAGACAUCAUAAAAGAAACAUUUGUACGUUCUUAGACUCGAAGUUUGAUAAAAGUACCUUUUCGUGCGGCAACAGUUGUGUGUUGAUUGGCUAGAUUUCUCCCAUGUGUUUUAUACAAAAAUGGAGUUGAUAAACCAUUUUUUACAAAAAUAA